CUCCCGCAGUGGCCAUAUUGUUGAUGUGUCAUAUCAAAGUGACUUGUUAGGGCUAUCAGCUGUUAAGGCAGAAAGCUCAAAGUUAUCCCUUAUACCGGUUCGAUCGCAUUGGGUUACAACAUGGGCUUUUUGCAUUCGAUUUGAACCAGAGAGGGACCAUGGAACAGCCUGGUCCUGCCUCGGAUACACACAUGAUGGAGGGAUCGGAGGUUGAAUCAGUGUCAGAAGAGUCACAACCGGGGAAUCAGCAUCACAACAGCGCAUCUAACAUAGAAGAGGAGGAAGACAUCUCUCACAACCACAGUGCGGAUGAGGCGGACAAGUUCAGUCAGGCAAACGAUGAAGCAGAGCUUGACAGAGAAUUCAUCAAGACUACAACAGAUGUUCAGACAGGCAUACAGACAAGGUCGGAAGCUCAAACAUGCAGUCAGGAACAUGAAGAGGGGAGUGAGCUUGAUGCUGGCUGUGACAGCAGUACAGCUUUUAUGCAAAGCAAGCUCCCUUCCCUUUCAGAUGAGGCUGCUGGAGCUUCAGUAGCCCCAGUCAUAGCUUUGGAUGAGGUGGAAAGCUCUGAUUCUGUUUCUGAAGGCACAGCAGAAACCUUAUUGACUCUUAAUGAAGUGAAGGAUUCUCAUGCCACACACUGCAAUGAGCAGCCAUCAGUCUUGGUCACAAAUUGUCCCACAGAGCCAUCGCCUGCUGAUGAUAGCAGCUCAGCAGAGAGUCCAUCAUCCCCUUCCCUCCAAAGUGCUUCCAAAAACUCCCCUACUGACUCGACAACCACCUCCGGGUUCUGCAACGGCCCUUCUACCCCCAGUUCAGACACAGUGGGCUCAUCACCUGCUUCCAGCCCGCAAACUAGUGCCGACAACUCGGCCCCCUCCCAUUCCUUCUCAAGUCCGUAUGACACUGAUUGCAGCCGAAAGCUUAUCUCCCAGAUCCAGCGCUCGCUGUCACAGGAGUCGCUGCUGGAUGAGCUUGAGUCAGAGCUGUUGUCUUGUCAGCUGCCUGAGGGGGAACGUAAAGGUGAGGGCAAAGGAAGCCCACCUAUCAACGGACUCCCUACAGACCAAGAGAACUGCAUGGUGGUCUUUGAGAAGUGUGUGCAGUACCAGUAUGCACAGCAGGAGAAGUCGAUUCAGAGGCUGCUCGAGGAAAACAAGAGGCACCAGGAGCAUUUGGGUAUAUGUUCAGAGAAGGACAACAUGAGGGAUGAACUAAAAAAGAGGACAGAAACGGAAAAGCUGCACAUGGCCACUAUUAGAAAGUUGGAGGGCAGGGUGGAGGAGCUGCUGAAAGAAUUGAAGGAGUCUCGGGAUAAACUCAUCCAUCAGGACCAUGCGGCUAAGGCUGCCCUCCAGCACAUGCAGAAGGAAACGUCACACAGGCUUGAACAGGUGAACAAGAAGUGUGACGAGGCCCGCCUGGAGAAGGAGGGCAUGGUGAUGAAGUAUGUGCGGGGGGAGAAGGAGGCCCUGGACCUGCGGCGGGAUAAGGAGAGUUUGGAGAAGAGGCUGAGAGAAGCCACGAAGGAGGUGGACCGCCAGGCCCUCCGAGGAAACCAGCUGGCUCAGGAUAAGGGUCGGAUGCAGCAGCUGUACGACGCUAAGGAAGGCGAGGUCAGCAGGUUGACUCGAGAGGUGGAAAAGUUAAAAGAGGAGAUCAACUCACAUCUCAUCAAGGUCAGAUGGGCCCAGAACAAACUGAAGAGUGAGGCGGAUGCACACAAGGAAACUAAAGAAAACUGAGAAACCACUUCCAAAUUGACCCAGGCCAAAGAAGAGACUGAACAGAUCCGCAAGAACUGCCAGGACAUGAUCCGAACAUACCAGGAAUCAGAGGAAAUCAAGUCUAACGAGCUGGAUGCUAAACUGAGGGAGACCAAAGUCGAGCUGGAGAGACACAAGCAGGAACAAACAGGCCAAUUAGAGGUGCAUCGAGUGAAGGCCAAAGAGCUGGAUGACCUGAAAAGGAGCUACAAAGAGGGCAUGGAUGAACUCGUUACUCUACGAACCAAGUUAAAGUGUCUAGAGGACGAGCGACCACGCUGGGAGGACGAGCUGAGCAAGUACAGGGAGAUCAUCAACCGGCAGAAAGCUGAGAUCGGACGCCAGAGAGACAAGCUGGAGGAGAUCACUGCGCUUGAGGAGCAGCAUCAAUGUGAUAAACAGGAGGUCACGUCUCUUCGUGAGGAAGUGGACAGCCUGAGUACCCAGAUGGCCGACCUCCAGCGGGACGUCGAGGGCAGCAGGGAGCGCGAGGCAGAGCUGCUGGGCUAGGAGAAGCUGAGCAGUAAGAACGCCCAGCAGCUGCAGUCGGAGAGCAACUCUCUGCAGUCUCAGCUGGACCAGCUCAGCAGCAACUUCGCCGAGCUGCAGGCCAAGCUGGAGGAGACCAACCGGCUGCUGGACGACAAGUCUCGACAGCUGAAGCAGGAGGGGUCUCUGAGGCAGCAGGAGGUGCAGGGCCUGCAGGAGGAGCGGGCGGUGCUGCAGACGGAGGCGGACCAACUCAAAACCAGAGUGGAAGAGCUGAGGGACGAGCUGGUGACUCAGAAGAAACAAGCCGCCAGCAUCAAAGACCUAACGAAACAGCUAACACAAGCUCGUAAGAGAUUGGAGCAUGUUGAGAACGGAGGCUGUGACCGGGAUGCCAGCAGUAUGGGCAGUCGCUCAAGUUCCUCAGGUACUGCUCCUGGAUUUGGCUCUUUGAAUACACGCCAUGGGGGGGGCGGUGGUGUUGAAGAGCGGUCCCCAGACAGCCAGGCGGUCCCUUCAGUGGUGGUGGUGGACAACUACCCAGAGGUGGACAAGACCGUGCUUGUGGAGCGCAUUGUCCGUCUGCAAAAGGCCCUCGCUCGAAAGCAGGAGAAAAUCGAGUUCAUGGAGGAUCACAUCAAGCAACUGGUGGAGGAGAUCCGCAGAAAGACCAAAAUAAUCCAGAGCUAUGUGCUGAGAGAGGAGUCGGGGGCCCUCUCAUCAGAGGCGUCGGACAUUAACAAGGCUAACGUGAGUCCGGGGGGCAUCAUGGCGUCUCUUUACACCUCCCACCCGGCGGAAGGGCUGACCCUGGAUCUGUCGCUAGAGAUCAACAGGAAGCUGCAGGCUGUGUUGGAGGACACACUGCUGAAGAACAUUACUCUGAAGGAGAAUCUACAGACCCUGGGCUCCGAGAUUGAGCGGCUCAUAAAGCAGCAGAGAGACCCUGAGGACGCAGUAAGCAGGAAGUGACACUACCAUGUCACAGGAAAGAGGAAAAUAAGGGCCAAGGAUGACUUAUAGAACCUACCAUUUUGAAGUGACAGCUAUAUCCUCACUCUCACUCACAUGAAGGAGCAGAUUGAAUGUUGUAAGUGCCAGUAUCACCUCAGGCUGUGUUUUCCGGAGGCCCUGUUGAACUCUGUCCAUUUGUCUGAAGUUACUUGAACUAUCGUUAUUCUAUCCACAUUGUAACACCUCGUCUGACACAACAAAUCUUCCUCUGGCUAACGUCCCUCUCCCCCUGAGCCAAGAUAAAGUCCUCGGGCCAGUUGUUUCAAGCUGAACAUUCUUAAUUGCCUUGUAAACAAGUUGAUUGAAGGUCCAUCAUCAUGAAUGUAUAGCACAUUUGACAUGGGGAAGUAGUCAGAAAAUGAUUUGCCAAUUAACUCAUCCUAUAAAAACUAUAUUUAUUCUUCAUGUAAACUGAAACAGAUCCCCCAGCAUGCCUGCUCUCAGCUUGUCUCCUGUCUGCCAAUAAGCCACAUUUAUUUUUGAAAAGCUGCUUG